AUGCUCACCGACGUCGCGGACCAGUCGUACAUCGGCGAGGCCGCGCUGAAUUCAGGCACGAAUUGGAAUGUCCUGUUGAACAGGAGCAACGACGAUGCCCAGAUACGCGAGAGUGGGAUGAUGGCACCUGCGGUGGCGGAGGUGAAGUCUACCUACUGUCGAGCCAAGUAUGAUAAGACAUUGCCAACUAAUCUGCCUGCAGUGUGGUGGUCUACCAAACACGACAACAAGCACUUCCUCAAGAACGAGCAGUUCCUGCAGACACUCCGCCUCCUGGAGUGGAAGGGGCUGAGCCAGAGCGGGCUGCGCAACAGCGACGGGCUGUACAACGACGGGCUCGUCUCAGAUACGUGCCAGAAGAACGGGCAGGCCGUGGUAGCCGCCGGCCUCGGCGCGCUCGGGGUUGCGAACCAAGAUAUGUCGCUCUUCGACGAGGCGGAGCGACUCUUCCGGGACGAGCUGCAACGCGGACCAGGCCAGUCUUUCUUCUCCAGAUUCCCGCACCCCGAGCAUAAUCGUAACAACACUCGUCACUGCCAUAUGGUCCACAUCCGGACGAAACACCUGCAGAACUACCUCGACCAGGCGAACGACUCCGCCCGGACGGGAAAGUACAGCGCGUUCCUCGGCGCGCAGGCCUUUGUCGCGGAUGCAAAGUAUGGGCCUUGCUGA